CUAACCAGCGUUGCCGAUUGCAAUUAAGUAAAAAAUGUCUUUGCGAUUUGGAUGUAACGUGUGAUAGACCAGGCCACUGGUUCACGAUUAGACCCGAAGAAGGUUGAAUCCCCAAUACCCGAAAAUGGCUAAAUCCCAAUGGCGUUCUAUGAAACUUCACUUUAUUUGUCCUCCAAUGCCGUUUCAGAUUUCUACACGCGUCUUCUGAAGCUUUUUCCCAUCGGAAUCUCUGCAGCAAUGGACGUUUUGUCGGCGUUUCUCUUCCCUCCGCCUCCUUCCAAGUUCGUCAACCUCAUGACGGUGGUGAGCUCGACCGCGUUGGCCAUGGCUGGCAUUUCCGAGAUUAACGGUAAGCAUUUGCAGUAUUCCAAGUUCUGGAAUGCGAAUACUGCUCCGAAACUUUCAUCGGAAGUAUCUAUGCUUUCGUCCAAAUACGGGAUGCUCUUGGCUUAUACUCCGGCGUUUCUCGCUGGCGCGGCGUCGUUUUGGCUCUUUCCGAGUGCCGAUGAGAGGAUUCUUCUGCUUAAAUCUGCUCUCACUCUCCAUUUCUUCAAGAGGAUCUUUGAGGUACUGUUUAUUCACAAAUACAGCAGUAAGAUGGUCUUGGUGACAGCAAUCCAGAUCUCUUUCAGCUACUUCUUGUCCACAGUAAUCAUGAUAUACACCCAGCACCUUUCACAAGGGCUUCCAGAGCCACCCAUUGAACUGAAAAACAUUGGAAUUGGUUUGUUUCUAAUAGGCAUUAUUGGGAACUUUUACCAUCAUUAUCUCUUGUCAAAAACCAGAAAAGAGGGAGAAACAAGCUACGAAAUUCCCAAAGGAGGCCUCUUCAGCUUUGUCAUUUGCCCCCACUAUUUGUUUGAAAUAAUUGAGUUCUUUGGAUUUGCUUUCAUCUCUCAGGAACUUUAUCCUUUGUGUUUCAGCAUUGGCACCAGUAUUUAUUUGGCUGGGAGGAGCUAUGCCACUAGGAAAUGGUACAUCUCCAAGUUUGAAAACUUCCCCAACCAUGUCAAAGCCCUGCUCCCUUUUGUCUUUUAGACCCUUUUUUGGGUCUUUUCAUAAAGUUACUUGUGUUAUACUUUACCCAAUUAAGUUAGGCUCAUUCUAGUGCUUUAGGCCUUCCCUAGCUUGUUAUUCUUUGGGCUCUGUUCUUACAGUUCAAUAGGUUUGUUUUUUGGAAUCAUCCAAUGAUGUUAAGGUUUAUUUUCUUUUUCAUCAUUAUCACUAAUAUAUUACAAGGAAACAAGGUGAAUGCUUUUCUUCUAA